CCCGAAAAUGUGCUGGAAGCAUUAAACUGUUUCUCCACAUAACCUUAAAACCAAAAAGCAUCAUCUCCUAGAUUUGCUUCUUCUCUCCCCUCCAGAUUGAUUCCUCUCGAGAAGAAACCCUAGAUUUCUUCCCAAAAUGUUCAGAUCUAUGCUCGUCCGUUCUUCUUCCUCGGCGAAGCAGUCGCUUCUCCGCCGCAGCUUCUCAUCCGAGUCCGUCCCCGAACGCAAAGUUGCCAUCCUUGGCGCCGCCGGUGGAAUCGGUCAGCCUCUUGCUUAUCAAUUUGAGGGCAUUCAAGCCUCUUUUAAAAGAGGUUUGGUUCUUCCACGAGUAGCAGCAUCUACAGAGAGGCAGCUUUCCUAUACGGUUUUAAGAAACGCAUCCGAAAGUGUCUCUUUUUCAUUCGCUCGUUAUAUAAAUGGUUUCGGUUUUAGCUCUCUAUCAAAUUGGUCUUAUGGUCGUGAAUCUUUCCCAACCGGAACAUCCACAAGGUAUUUUCAUGCAAGCCGAGAAACAUUGGCGAGAAGAAAGGAGGAUCCUGAUCGUCCUCUGAGUCACCGUGAACGCAAGAAACAGACUGUGAGAAUAAAAGGAAAGUUCUCGAAACGGGAGAAGAAAACGGAUCAGCCACCUGUUGAAGCUCCUUAUGUGCCUCCCAGGCUGAAAAGAUUGGCAAAGGGAUUGCCUGAGAAGACAGUCGACAUAUUCGAAGGCAUGACGUUGCUUGAGCUUUCCAAGCGUACUGGCGAGUCAUUGGCGAUUUUGCAGAGCAUUCUUGUUAACGUUGGGGAAACUGUUGGUUCGGAAUUCGACACCAUCAGUGUCGAUGAAGCCGAGCUCCUUGCAAUGGAAAUCGGGAUCAACGUAAGGAGGCUACACACUACAGAAGGAUCAGAAAUCCUCCCACGGCCUCCUGUUGUAACCGUAAUGGGCCAUGUCGAUCACGGCAAAACAUCUUUGUUAGACGCUUUAAGAAACACCUCUGUGGCGGCAAGAGAAGCCGGCGGAAUAACUCAGCACGUUGGUGCGUUCGUGGUGGGAAUGCCUGAUUCCGGCACUUCGAUCACCUUCCUCGACACGCCUGGCCACGCCGCUUUCAGCGAGAUGCGUGCUCGUGGAGCUGCUGUGACUGAUAUAGUCGUCUUGGUGGUUGCUGCUGAUGAUGGUGUGAUGCCUCAAACCCUCGAGGCUAUCGCGCACGCUAGAUCCGCGAAUGUUCCGAUCGUGGUUGCGAUUAACAAAUGCGAUAAACCAGGAGCUAAUCCCGAAAGAGUUAAGAACCAGCUCGCUGCUGAAGGGAUAGAGCUUGAGGAUAUUGGAGGAAACGUUCAGGUUGUUGAGGUGUCUGCAAUAAAGAGUACAGGGCUAGACAAAUUAGAAGAAGCUCUGCUUCUACAAGCGGUGGAUAUGGACCUUAAAGCACGCGUGGACGGACCAGCUCAAGCAUAUGUUGUGGAGGCUCGGCUCGACAAAGGUCGUGGACCAUUAGCCACCAUUAUCAUAAAAGCCGGGACUUUACUGAGCGGUCAUCACGUUGUGAUUGGGUAUCAGUGGGGAAGACUCAGGGGUAUCCGGGACAUGCUCGGUAAGCUAACGGACCGAGCAACGCCCGCUGUUCCCGUCGAGAUCGAAGGGCUUAAGGGUCUUCCCAUGGCAGGCGACGAUGUCAUUGUGGUUGAAUCAGAGGAACGCGCGAAAAUGCUGAGCGAAGGACGGAGAAGGAAAUACGAAAGAGAUCGGUUGUUGAAAGCAGAGGAAGCGAGAAUCGCUGAAGCAGAGAUGGAGAAAGCAGAGUCUGACGAAGGGUUUGUUAGAGUUGAGUUACCCAUAAUUGUGAAAUCGGACGUUCAAGGAACCGCUCAAGCUGUUGCUGAUGCGCUAAAAACAUUGAAUAGCCCACAGGUUUUUGUGAACAUUGUUUAUAGCGGGGUGGGAGCAAUUUCUCAAUCUGAUUUGGACAAGGCACAAGCUACUGGUGCGUGUAUCGUCGGGUUUAACGUUAAGGGUGCAAGCUCUGUUAAUCUUUCCGCGGCUCAAGCCAGCGUCAAGGUAUUCCAUCACCGUGUGAUAUACCAUUUGCUCGAAGACAUCGGGAACUUGAUCGUGGAGAAAGCUCCUGGAGUAUCGGAGCUGGAAGUGGCUGGAGAAGCCGAAGUACUUAGCAUUUUCAAGAUCUUAGGAAAGAGGAGACCGGAAGAAGACGGUGUGAACAUCGCCGGCUGCAAAGUGAUGGAUGGUCGGGUAUGUAGAAGCGGGCUGAUGAGGCUGUUGCGGAGCGGAGAAGUGCUCUUCGAAGGCUCGUGCGCGUCGCUGAAACGGGAGAAACAAGACGUGGAACAGGUCGGGAAAGGGAGCGAGUGUGGGGUUGUGAUGGGAGACUGGAAUGAUUUUAGAGUCGGAGAUGUGAUCCAGUGCAUGGAGCCGGUCAUUAGGAAGCCUAAGUUCGUUUCAUCUGAGAGUGGAGCUGUGAGAAUCGAGUGUUGAAAAAUCUAAACCCUAUUCAAUUUUAAUUAAUCUUAGUGUUAUAGGGAUUUUACGUUCAUGAUCAUUUUUGGUGUUACAGAAAACUGUCAUACUAUCAAUUUUUGCUUCCUUACAUCUUAGUUUAGUAACUUUUUUCUUGGUUAUACAUAACAUAAUUCUUGACUAAUUUUUAUGGGUUUUUUUCUCGUUUUAAAUCUC